ACGACAAAUCUAGUGAGUGCAGACAGCGUGCAUUACAGUCCCGUGCUAGUCAGCCCGCUUCAUAAACGAAGCCGUAGUGAGCCCAGCGGGAAAAUGCGAUCCGUCAGUGCCUGUUUCCGGAGCACAAUGUCGACGCAGCUUCGAACUGUGUGUUUUGGGAGCAAUUGUGAGUAUCAAUACGAAGAUCGUAACUUCAUGGGAUCAGGCAGCUUCGGCGAGGUUUACAAAGCCAGCAUUACGGAGCGUGGCAAUUAUGUUGGACCUGACGUUGUUGCUAUGAGAUGUUUCAAUAUAAAAGAGAAGAAGUUUGUGGAAAAUCGAGAAAAUUAUGCCAAGCUGCAGGAGGGAUUCGAAACGAUGCUGAAGCUGAAACACGAUCACUUGGUGAACUAUCAUAAAAUCACCAUUAUACCCACACUUGGUAGCGUAACGGUGAACUUCAUCAUGGACUAUUAUCGUGCCGGGAACCUAGAAAGUGAGCUGAAAAGAUGA